CUCGAGUCAGAUCCAUAUAGGCUGGAUGAAUCAAGACGAGGCCUCUCCUAUUCCGCAUUCCACCACUUUUACCAGGUAUUUACUCGGCACUAUCAUCUGCGUUACCCGGUUAGUGCUGUUGCAAGGGGAGAAAAGGCAAGAUGCCGAGAAGCAAGAAGAUGGAUUGAAAAGGUGACAGAAAACCCGACCCUCCCCUGCAUCUACAUACGGCGGCAUGGCCCUCGCCCAACACAACACACCAAACACAGCAGGCCAAGUCCAGCCCGCCCAUUGGCUCGAAUCUACCCUCCAGAUCGAAGCCUGCCUGGCGACGGUGGCUUGUUCGCGAUCACCAGAUACCGCCCAUAUGCACGGAGUGCAAGGAAUCUAAAAAGGGUUACCAUCCAGCCCUUCAUCUAUGUACCCUCCCACCCGCGCGGCGCACUUUCCGGCUUGUCGCGAACUGAGAGCGCCCGUCUCUCCAUCAUGCUCCGGUUGCAUAUUAAAUUCCUCAUCCUCCCAGAUUUGGAGCCAGCGGCCGGUAAACCUAGCCGAGGGGGGCACUCGAGACCCUCUUCUUUUUUGAAUCCAGGGUCGCUCGCUAGAAGUGGGGGUUCCAAG